AUGGGUAGCAACGAAGAAGAAGGAAAGUCCACAAAGUCUGACAAGACAGCACAAGUUCAAGCUCCUCCUCCUCCUGAGCAAAGCAAUGUUCAUGUGUAUCAUCAUGAUUGGGCUGCUAUGCAGGCAUACUAUGGACCUAGAGUAGCUAUACCUCCUCAAUAUUACAACACAAAUGGUCAUGCUCCACCUCCUUCUUAUAUCUGGGGCUCUCCUUCGCCAAUGAUGGCUCCUUAUGGAACACCAUAUCCACCGUUUUGUCCUCCUGGUGGAGUCUAUGCUCAUCCUGGUCUUCAAAUGGGCUCACAACCACAAGGUGGUCCAGUUUCUCAAGAAACACCUGUUGUUACAACUCCUUUGAACUUGGAAGCUCCAGCUAACUCAGCUGGAAACACGGAUCAGGGGUUCAUGAAAAAACUGAAAGAAUUUGAUGGACUUGCAAUGUCUAUAAGCAAUAAUAACAAAGCUGGCAGUGCUGAACAUAGUUCUCAGAGCUCCGAGAAUAAUGAUGAUUCUAGCAAUGGUAGUGAUGGGAAUACAACUGGGGGAGAACAAUCCAGGAAGAAAAGAAGCCGGGAAGGAUCACCAAACAAGGAUGGGAGACCUUCAUCUCAAAUUGUUCCUCUUCUUAGAGAUGAAAGUGAGAAGCAAGCAGUGACUAUGGGGACUCCUGUUAUGGCCACAGCAAUGGAUUUCCCCCAGCCACGCCAUGAAGUCUGGAAUGAAAAGGAGGUUAAACGAGAGAAGAGAAAACAGUCAAACCGAGAAUCUGCUAGAAGGUCAAGACUGAGGAAGCAGGCUGAAACUGAAGAACUAUCUGUCAAAGUUGACGCACUAGUUGCUGAGAACAUGACUCUGAGGUCAAAACUAGGCCAAGUAAACGAUGAGUCUGAGAAACUGCGGUUGGAGAACGAAGCUUUAUUGGCUCAACUGAAAGCGGCGCAGACGCAAGCAACAGGGAAAACAGAGAACCUAAUAUCUGGAGUUGAUAAGAACAACUCUGUCUCAGGUAGUAGUAGUAAGAAUGUGGAACAACAACUCUUAAACGUAAGUCUAAGAACCGAUUCUGUCGCGGCUAGCUGA